GGCCCCUGACUGUGUCGCUGUGAGGCAGCCCCAGGCCUCCCCUCCCUGUGCGGAGGCCGCUCCCCGGGGCCGAGGAUGAACUGGAUUUUCCAGACAAACAAGAGCGGCGGCGGCGGGGCUCAGCUCCCGGCCCUCACCAGCCUCCAGCAGCAGCGGCAGCGGCAGAUCGAGUCGCUGAGAGGCUCCCACAGCAGCAUUGCAGAAAUACAGAAGGAUGUGGAGUACCGACUGCCUUUUACUGUUAAAAAUAUAACAAUCAACAUAAACAUAUUGCUUCCUCCCCAAUUUCCACAAGAAAAGCCUGUGGUCACAGUCUUCCCUCCUGUCAGGCACCAUUUAGUGGACCAGCAUAAUGGGACACUGGUGACAAGCCCAGUGAUCAGCAAUUUCACAAUGCAUUCCGACCUUGGCAAAAUUGUCCAGUCAGUCCUGGAUGAAUUCUGGAAAAAUCCUCCAUCGUUGGCUUCAAGUUCAACAUCCUUUCCAUACCGUUACAGCAGCCCUGCUGGAAUGAAUCCUUACCCUCCGCAAGGAUAUCCAUUCAUGCCCCCAUAUCCAACUCCGGAAUCAAGUGUGCCCGGUCUUCCAGAUACUGUUUCAGGCCCAGGCUUUAACAGCAGGCCUGCUGCCCCUGCUUAUGGGUUGAUUACAGAUUUGCCUUUACCAGUCCCAAAAGCUGACUCAUCGCAACAGGCAGGUUUGAAUGGCCAUAUUUAUAAGAUGCCCGAUGUCCCUGAGCAAUUUCCAGAGCUGCAAGAACUUGGUACGUCACAAUUGUCAGAGUUAUCGGGAAAUGAUGAUCUGGUACUGGAGCAUUUCAUGGGUUUGCCACAAUUGAAGCAGAUUUGUACUGACAAGGAUGAUCUAGUUAGUUACAUUGAAGAGCUGGCAAAGAAAAACCUGCAACUUGAACCUCGAUUGGAAGCAGAAAGACAUGAAUUGUUGGAUAAAUAUGAUCAGCUUACCCAACUUAAAGUUGCUUUUGAGAAAAAGAUGCAAAGGCAGCAUGAGCUGAAUGAGAGUUGCAGCUUAAGUGCCCUGCAGGCCAGGCUGAAAGUAGCAGCUCAUCAAGCAGAAGAGGAAUCUGAGGUGAUUGCAGAGGAAUUUCUUGAAGGCAAGGCCGAAAUAGAUGAUUUUCUCAGCAGCUUCAUGGAGAAAAGAACACUUUGCCACUGUAGACGAGCCAAAGAAGAGAAGCUUCAGAAUUUGAUGUUACAACAUGGACAGUUUCACACACUAUAGCUUUUAAAAUGCAAGGGGCGCAAAUGGCAAUACACCACAUUGGAGACAAGUGGAACGAAAUAAGAAUUACAGAUGGAUGAAAAUAUAUUUAACAAAUUCUUAUGCAAUGCUGACUUUGUGAUAUUGAAAUCGCUCUUUCCAGUAUUAAUGUACUGCAAAAUUGCUAAAGGAAUCUCUUUCCAAUUUUAAUUUUUGGCAUUUUAACCUAUGCCAUUUGUUAUAAUACAAAGUGUUUACAUUUGUAAGUAACUUUAGUUUUGAAUAAUUGCUGUAUUAAACACUGCUUUAAUUAAUUCAGAAUAGUUGAUUUGCAAUUCAUAAAAUCUUUUCAAUCUUG